AUGGCUGCUAAUCCUGGGAGUUCUAAAGUUGUAACUUUUGUUCGUUCUGUUUGGCAAGACUUUAAAAACACUAACGGGUUUGAUGCUUGCUUGCUUGGUGAUAUCCAGAUCCUCAGAGCGAUCCCCGGGUCCGUGGAAUGCUCUUUGAAAUUAGAGAAACGCCAUUUGAAUAGAAUGGGAAAUCUACAUGGAGGAUGUAUUGCCGCCCUUACUGACCUGAGUGGAAGUUUAGCUCUUGCAAGUAGGGGAUUAUUCGUUUCUGGUGUUUCAAUUGAUAUGAAUCAGACAUUUUUGAAAAGCGGUGGAACUCUGGGCUCUCAAAUUCUCCUUCAUGCCAAAUGUGACAGACUCGGCUCCAACAUUGCUUUUACGAGCGUUGACUUCUUCACCGAAGCAAAGGAAACUUUUGCCAAGGGAAGACACACCAAGUUCGUUCGUAAUGCUUUGAACGACCCUAGAAACUGUUUCGAUUUGGACUAA